AACAAAUUCGAAGGCUGAAAUGUCAGAAAUAUGCGUUUGCGCUCCUGGCUAAUGAUUUACCUGUACCAAAUCACGUAUUCAUAGGAAUGAUGUCUUCGGCACAAAUAGAAACAUUUUUGGCGACGCAAUCUUUGGAACCUUCGUUGAAGUUUCCCGCUAAAAUACUCAUGGAUGAUUCGCAACAACCCAUUUGUAUACCUUAUAUUCCCACACCUGAACAGGUUUCUGAAAUACAAAAGUCCAUUUUUGAUCGUGAACAAGAAAUACGUAAUAGAAUUAAUAAGCGUAUAGAAGAUCUCGAAAAUUUACCUUCAAAUUUGGCUAAUGAUCCUUUUAAAAUUGGUCAUAUUGAUGUUGUUAAUCAUACUACUUUACGACAAGAAAUAUUGCAAUAUUCAAACUAUCGAAAACCUGAGCCUAUCCGAUCAAUGACUGCAUACCGACGGAAAGCUGCGGUACCUGUGCGAGAUUGGCCUACAACUGAAAGGGCUGAGAGAGAACGAGUUCAAGCACGUUUGCGUCGUGUAAGAGAUUCUAGACUGGAGUACAUCAAUGCUAUUUGCCUACAUGGUCAAGAAAUUAAAUACACACAUGAUAUUAAAUACGAGAAACGCAUUAGAAUGGGACGUACAAUAUUAAACUUUCACUCAAAUAUUCAAAAACAAGCACAAAAAGAGAAAGAACGAGUUUCUAAAGAACGUAUUAAUGCACUUAAGAACAAUGAUGAAGAGGCAUAUCUAAAACUUAUAGAUGAAGAGAAAGAUACUCGUAUUACACAUCUAUUACGUCAAACUGAUACAUAUUUGGAAUCUUUAACGCAAGCCGUCGUUGAUCAGCAAAAUCAUCAUCGUCGUUUGUAUAAAGGUAAAGGUAAAUUAGUAGAUUCAUCUGAUCAUGCGGUAACGGCUAGUAGUAUCACAGCUACUGAAGAUGAAGAUAAUAUAAUUGAAACAACGGAUGGUAAAAAGAUUGAUUAUUAUGCUGUUGCACAUCGAAUUCAAGAGAAAGUCGAACAACCAAAUAUUCUCAUCGGUGGCCUGUUAAAAGAUUACCAGAUCAAAGGUCUCCAAUGGAUGGUGUCUUUAUAUAAUAAUCAUUUGAAUGGCAUUUUAGCCGAUGAAAUGGGUCUAGGAAAAACUAUUCAGACUAUUUCAUUAAUCACGUACCUUAUUGAAAAGAAAAGACAGAAUGGCCCCUUUCUAAUCAUUGUUCCAUUAUCCACUAUGACUAAUUGGCAAAUGGAAUUCGAAAAGUGGGCACCGGUAGUCUCAGAAAGACUAUGUAUAUACAAAGGAACACCUACUGAGCGAAAGGCCUUACAAAGAAAAUAUUUACGUUGCCUAGAUUUUUAUGUCUUCUUAACGACUUAUGAAUAUAUUAUAAAAGAUAAAACUGUGUUGAGCAAACCACGAUGGCUUUAUUGUAUUAUAGAUGAAGGUCACCGUAUGAAGAAUGUCAAUUCGAGGCUCUCAUUAGUUUUAAGUAAAGAAUAUAAUUUCCGAUAUCGACUUAUACUUACAGGAACUCCAUUACAG